AUUUCUGAACGAAGCUGUUUAAGUUCAAUUUGCAAUUUGAUAUAAAAUUCUCUUUGGUUUAAUUUAAUAAUUUUAAUAAUGCAAUUUUGUAGUUUUCAAUAAUCAUAAUGUAUUCCUUUAGUUUUAAACGAAAUCUCUUGCGGAUGCUAUUUUUGCUCCUUUUUAAUUUUGAAACUGUUUAAUAAAUUUACAGUUAAAGAAACCUAUAAAUAGUUGACAAUUGGUCUGCUGUGAUAAAUUUCGUAGUGAUUAUCAUAUCGCUGUCAUUACAGAAUUGUAUUUACAAAUUCGUUUUCUCCUUCGCUAUCACAUCGUCCACUUUUAACUAUCUACUAUUGUAAACAGUAUAUUUUACCCUUCAACGUAGUUAUUGCGUAUCAGUGUGUGGUCAGUGUAACAUGCAACAGUUAUUGAGAUGUCAUUAAAAAAAGUUGAAAAAUCUUUCUAUUAAAUUAUGUGCCAUAUCUACGAUAGCCAGAAAUGCCGCGGGAUAUUUUGAGCGAUAGCUUGGCUGUUCUUAGGAUUGUAGAGCACGAAGAUGAAGAAAAUUGGCCUCUAGAAGAUAAGUCAUCGUGCAAACAGAAUAGUAAAAAAGCAAAUGCUCCUAUAAACUCACAUAGUAUACAACCAUAUACUAAAGACGACUGUGCAUGUUAUUAUAACUAUGCUCUAGGUGACAGUGCUGCCAACCGUCAGCGUGAUCCACUAUAUCAAUAUAAGACAAGUAGUCUUCCAGCUGCCUCAUCGAUCAAUCAGUCCUGGGACGAAAUAGUGUGCUCAGCAUUGCGGAUAGCUCCUGAAGAUAUUGCCAACCAACUAUCACUUCUUGACUUGCCAUGUUUCAAAUCAAUUCAACCAGAAGAGCUUACCACAUGUGGCUGGACAAAACUGAACAAACUCACAGUAGCCCCGAAUGUUGUAGCUUUUACAAAAAGAUUUAACAGGGUCAGUUUCUGGACCGUGCAAGAAAUACUCAAUGGCCAGUCACCAAAGGCUCGUGCUGAGACACUGGCCCAUUUCAUAAAGGUGGCAAAAAAGUUGCAUGAUUUGAAUAAUCUCCACUCACUUUUUGCAGUAAUCUCAGCUUUGCAUAGUGCUAGUAUUUAUAGGUUGACAAAAACUUGGGCAUGUUUGUCUAAAAAGGAUAAGCAGCAGUUUGAUAAGCUUGCAGAGCUAUUCGGCGAGAAAGAUAAUUGGACUGCACUUAGAGAUUAUAUGCGGACAAUCUCUCUACCAUGCAUACCUUACCUUGGUAUAUUUCUCACAGAUCUAGUGUACAUCGAUAUGGCGCAUCCAGCGGGCUCGGGUUCGCCUCACCGUGUUGCUAAAAUGGCCGUGGUUUUGAAAGCCCUGGAACGCUAUCAGACCUCCGAAUACGACAUACAACCGCUUCCUCACGUCGCUAACUAUCUCAACAGCGUGCGUUAUAUCGAGGAAUUGCAAAAAUUUUUAGAAGACGAUCAAUAUAAAUUGUCUCAGAAACUGGAACCACCCUCUCCUAUAGGUAGUUGCGUUGGAUCUAAAGAGUCAGUUAAAGAAGCUCAAUUGCCGGGUUCUUCGACUCCCUUUACUCUGUCUCCAUCUCACCGUCUUGGUUCAGGUUCACUGAGACUCCAAGGCUCGUACAGUCAAACUAAAUUUAUACCAACUCACAGGAAGUGUCGUUCGCUCGGUUCUAAUAUAUUCGGCAAGAGUCACAGUGAAGACAAGGACGAGAAGACACCUGCCGGUUCUGUCAACCUUUUGGACGACACGCUCCUGGAAUCUCCUAGUUCUGUUUCUGGUGCUAAGAUGUCACAAUCGCUGCCAUACAACGAUGUGUUGUCAAUAAUAGAUCCGACGGAGUGUGAUUUCCAGAGCUACGUACGAAGAAAAACAAUAAUCAAAGACGGUAGGAAGAUAUCGCUGUCUUCGUGGCAGAGAUACUGGCUACAAUUGUCUAGCAACGUUCUUAUAUUCUAUGGCUCUAAAACAUUUAAAGGGACGAAUAGAAGCGACUUCAGCAAGGACCGUUGCAAGGUGCUACCGCUUCACGAUGGUUGGCGUGCCGUGUGGCUGGAAGGGGAGGCCUCAGACGCGUUCCAGCUGGUUGACCACCACGUCGGCACUAUAUACAAGUUCAAGACCGGAUGUGAGUCAACAGCGAAACAAUGGGUCGAAAAGAUAAAUGACGUCACAUACAAAAUGGUGAAACCCCUCCCCGCGAAUCUCAUGUCAUUCGAAUAACUAACGAAUUUUUGCAUGUCUUAUAACCGUUUGAUGUAUCUUUAACGACUAUUGACUUGAACGAACUAGAUAUAACCUCUACCGCUUUGUAAAGUUUUAUUAUUUAUCAAUAGUUUAGUUAAUAUGUGAUUAACUUUAUACUUUGCCUUUUAUAAACAACGCUGCCUAGUAACUUUGUACGUAAAUCUAGUCUGAGUUAUUAUAAGUGUGCGUUUCUUUUUAUGCGUUUUAUAAAUGUUUCGUAGUCUUUUUGUAAUUUUUAUCGAAAUUAAUAUAAACAUAUUAUAGUCGUUUAAAUAAUUAAGUAUUUAAUUGAUACAUUGCUCACUUCUAUACAGUCUUUUUAAACUGGUAUAGAGCUAAACUUUUGGUUAAUAGUAAAUCUGAAGCAUUCGUUUAAGGUAAGCACUGUUAUGACACGGGAGGUUCGAAUUAUGUUUUCGCUAAUGUCAACGUGGCUAUGAUUAUGUUUACAAAGUAAGCUGUAUUGCUUCCUAAUAUAUAUUUCAGAAUAUAAUAGAAUUUUAAAUUAAGCUACCCGUCUAAAGGUGAAAUAUUAAAAUGAUACACAGCACUGUUUCUCAUUGAGUGAGGACACUCACACUCAAGCUAUUUAUCUCAUUGACAUACACUAUUAGUAAAAUUAAUGUUCAAAUUAAGUAUUUUAUAGAUCUUGAUAAAAAAGUGUCGUUGUCUUGCGUCACUAUGAUACUUUUUUCUUAUGUCGUUUGUGUUUAUUUUUUAAUACCAAUACUAAUAGUCAAAAUAUUACUCCUGUAUUUGAAUAAAGCAAUGUUAUUUUAAUACUUAUAUAUUUUUAGGUUUGUAAUGCUUUGAAUCCACCGACGAAUUGUAAUUGUUACAAUGAUAUUGAUUCUCCUUUAUACACGUAUGUAUAAAAUUUAAUUUUUAAUGUUUAAGAAUCUUUUUGUUAUAUCUCAUUUUUAUUAAUAAACUUCAAAUUAUACUCAAUAAAAUAUCCUAAAAUA